AUGUUGAUGCCCAAGAAGAACCGAAUUGCCAUCUACGAGCUCCUUUUUAAGGAGGGAGUGAUGGUGGCCAAGAAAGAUGUCCACAUGCCGAAGCACCCCGAGCUCGUGGACAAGAACGUGCCCAACCUUCAUGUCAUGAAAGCCAUGCAGUCUCUGAAAUCCCGUGGUUAUGUGAAAGAGCAGUUUGCGUGGAGGCAUUUCUACUGGUACCUGACAAACGAGGGCAUCCAGUACCUGCGCGAUUACCUUCACCUGCCCCCCGAGAUCGUCCCUGCAACCCUGCGCCGGAGCCGCCCAGAGACAGGCAGACCACGGCCCAAAGGUCUGGAAGGUGAACGUCCUGCACGCCUGACUCGGGGAGAGGCUGACAGGGACACGUACAGGCGCAGCGCUGUUCCACCUGGUGCAGACAAGAAGGCUGAAGCUGGUGCUGGAGCAGCAACUGAAUUCCAGUUUAGAGGUGGAUUUGGUCGUGGACGUGGUCAGCCUCCUCAGUAGAACUUCCUGCUCAUGUUUUGUGUAUAAUAAAAUAGGUGAAAAUGCCA